AUGGACAGCAGUGAUUUUGGUUUCUUUGCUGGAUUGCUCCCGCUGUUGCUCGUCUUUGGCGGCACAAUUGGGAAAUUGCUCUACAAUCUCUACCUGCACCCGUUGCGCUCCUACCCAGGACCCUUCCUGGCCCGCGCCACGCGUCUCUAUCACAUCUACUGGGACUUGAAGGGGGUGUCUCACCUCAAAAUCAAAGAGCUGCAUGAUCAGUAUGGCGAGGUGGUGCGCAUUGCGCCGAACGAGCUGUCGUAUAAUACCAGUCAGGCAUGGAGGGAUAUAUACGGCCACAAAAACAGUACAAAGACAAAAGAGUUUGAGAAGGACAUGACGUUCUUCACCAAGUCACUCAACGGCGCCACCAACAUUCUCAUAGCCAACCAGGACGAUCAUCGUCGGAUGCGCCGUCUUCUGUCGCACGCCUUUUCUGAGAAAGCGCUAAGAGGCCAGGAAGCCCUGCUGACGCGAUAUGUGGAUCUCAUGAUCGCUCAGCUCCGCAAGCGUGCUGCUGCGACUACUGGCCCAAACGGCGGCGACGACGAUGGCGUUGUCGACCUGGUCAGUUGGUACAACUUUGCGACGUUCGACAUCAUCGGCGACCUGGCGUUCGGGGAACCGUUCGGCUGCCUGAGAGAUGGUAUCUGGCAUCGGUGGAUCAGAAACAUCUUCUCGUCACUCAAGGCCGCCAACUAUGUCCGCGCUGCCCGCCGGUUCCCGUCGCCGCUGAAGGAGAUGCUUUUCAUGUUUCUGCCUAGAAGCUUGAUGGAGAGCAGAGAGUACCAGUUCCGAUUCGCCCGUGAGCGAGCGAGAACGAGAAUGGCGCAGGGAUCGGGGCGUGAAGACUUUAUGUCUUAUAUCCUCCGAGCAAAUGACGAAAAAGGGAUGACCCCAGACGAGAUCGAAGCCGCAUCCUCGAUCCUGAUCAUCGCCGGGAGCGAAACAACAGCUACCCUGCUAUCAGGAGCGACCUACCUCCUAUUGAAGAACCCGAAGGCACUGGAAACCCUUAAGCGCGAGAUCCGCUCCUCGUUCCGGACCGAGAAGGACAUCAACUUUCAGAGCGUCGCGCAGCUGCCGUAUCUGCACGCAGUCCUGGAGGAGUCGCUACGCCUGUACCCGCCGGUACCGAGCACGUUCCCUCGAACGACGCCGGCGCCGGGAGAGAUCGUCUGCGGGAGAUUCGUACCCGAGAAGACGUCCGUCGGGGUCCACCAAUGGGCGACGUAUCGCUCGGAGCGCAACUUCCGGGACGCCAACUCGUUCAUCCCGGAGAGAUGGCUGGAUAAUGAUGCACGGUUCGCGGAUGACGACAAGAAAGCGUUUCAGCCGUUUUCGUACGGGCCACGGAAUUGUCUGGGGAAGAAGUGA